CGCGCCCUUAUCCAUCACAUCUUGGUCCGGACCAAAUACGAUUCACCUAGAUUUUGCUGAUCUACCAGAUACAGAUGUGACCCGACAAUGAACUCAGGUGGUAGUUACAAUGUAGCAGAGGCGGAACAGUCUCAGCACACGUUCUAUGUGGACACGAUUGUGUGUAACGUGUAUCUGCUGGACUCCACUUGUGUCGCAUUUAAGGUUGAUAAACAUUGCCGUGGACAAACUCUGCUGGACCUCACGUUCGACUAUUUAGAACUGCUGGAACGUGAUUUUUUCGGGCUCGUUUUCAAUGCAAGACACUCUCGAGGUGAAACUAUCCUUAAGUGGCUUGAUCCCACAAAAUUGGUCAGGAAGCAGUGUUCAGAUCCAGCUCCUUAUGCCUUUUGGUUCCGAGUGAAAUUUUACGUUCCUGACCCCGUCUGCCUGCAUGAAGAGUAUACCAGGUACCAGUUCUUCCUACAGGUACGCAAGGAUAUUCUGGAAGGUCGAUUGCCAGUUCCAAAGGCGACUGCUUCUCAUCUCGCUGGUUUGGUUUUGCAGGCCGAACUGGGAGAUUAUAUCGCGGAUGAAUGCCACCCAGGAUAUACAAGCCAAUUCCGUUUGUUACCACAUCAGUCAGCUGAGUUCGACAGUCAGGCAAGUGAAUGGCACCGAAAAUGCAGUUCUAUGGUACCAUGCACUGCCGAGUUGGAGUUUCUUAACGUUGCUCGUCAACUCGAACGGUAUGGUGUGAAGACAAACGAAAUUUUGAUCGCGCUGCCCCUUCAGUAGUUCUGUUAGCUACACAGCUACAGAACACUGGGAGUUUAUCGGUCACCUUCUUUUCACCUACCCGACAAAAAAGACAACACGUAUCUGACCGACUGACAACUCAGAAACUUGUUUUUCACCGAAACUAUGCCUUGUCGUAACAAUUUCAAUCAAAUCUUCACUGAAUUCCGAGUCAU